AUGGAGAGGAAGUUCGUUUCGGUUAUUGUUCUGGGGAUCUGUCUGGUGCUGGGAAUGUCCCAGUAUGUUGAAGCAAGGAACUUGGAGGAAAAAUCAAAGGAAGAGGUGAAGAAACCAGAGUCAUGCAUAGAUGGAGGGUCCGGUGGUGGUUUGGGUGGAGGAAGUGGUGGUUUAGGAGGAGGGUACGGAGGUGGUAGUGGUUUAGGUGGUGGAUUUGGAGGAGACGGUGGAGGUGGUAGUGGUCUAGGUGUUGGAAUUGGUGGACUUGGAGGAGUUGGAGGUGGUGGACUUGGAGGAGUUGGAGGUGGUGGACUUGGAGGAGUUGGAGGUGGUGCCGGUGCCGGUGCCGGUGCUGGUAUAGUUGGUGGAAUUGGUGGAGGCAUUUACAAGGGAAUUGGAAUUGGAGGUGUUGGAGGUGGUGUAGGUGCCAUAGGUGGAAUCGGCGGUGUCAUUG